AUGAGGAGGCGGCCGGGGAUCGCCGGCUUGCAGAGCGCGGCGGCGACUCGCGACAAAUUCCGUCUGGUCGGGGAGAAUGUGGCCAAGGUCAGGACGGAUGUCAUGCAGGAGCAGCUCGCGACCUUCAGGUCGCAGCUCGAAGAAUUCGCUCGGAAGCAUAAGUGUGGUGGUAUUACAUUUUUAUCUGCAUGUGCUACAAGAGAUGAGAAUAAAUUUCUAAUGGCAAAGCAUAUUUCAAUUACCUCUGCUAAUGCUAUGUACACAAUUGUGCUAGUGCAGAGUGACAUCCGUAAAAAUUCAGUAUUUAGACAGCAGUUUCAUGAAAUGUGUGCAAAAGUUGGAGUAGAUCCAUUGGCAUCCAAUAAAGGAGUUUGGGCAGAGCUCCUAGGAAUCGGUGACUUCUACUAUGAAUUGGGUGUUCAGAUCGUUGACAUAUGCAUAGCAACAAGAUCGCAUAAUGGUGGCCUUAUUGACUUGCUAGAACUCCGCAAACUUCUCUGCCAGAAAAGAAAAACUGAUCUUGGUUCAUUGUCGUCAGAUGACUGUUUACGUGCUAUAAGUAAGCUGAAGGUCCUUGGUAGUGGUUUUGAAGUAAUUUCUGUUGGGAAGAAAAAGCUUGUGCGAUCGGUUCCUACUGAGUUAAAUAAAGAUCAUAAUGGAAUACUUGAACUAGCUCAGGCUAAAGGCUAUGUCACUGUAGAACAAAUUGAGAAGGACUUCUCAUGGUCAACUGGCCGUGCAAUCGAUGCCCUUGAAACUUUGCUAAAGGAGGGACUUGCUAUGAUCGAUGACGGGCACAGGGAUGGCAAGCGUAGAUACUGGUUCCCGUGCGUCACCCUCAGCUCCGAUGCCUCCGGUUCCGAAGCAAAGUCAUAA